UCAGCGGCGGUGGGUGUGCGAAUGCAGGGGGCCAGAAGGUGCGGGUGCCAGGCGCCAGGAUGCGGUGGCCGGCCACUCAGCUUGGGAGCAGCCCAGACGCUUAUUAACCAGAUCGGUGCGGGCGGCUCCGCGGCGACAGGGUUAUCCUCGGCAGGUUCGCGAUGCAGCGGGCGGCGGUGCUGGUGCGGCGGGGCUCCUGCCCCCUCGCCUCGGGCCCCUGGGUCCGUAGUCACAGCAGCGCUGCAGCCGAAGCCUCCGCGGCGCUCAAGGUGCGACCGGAGCGCAGCCCUCGAGACCGCAUCCUCACUCUGGAGUCCAUGAACCCGCAGGUGAAGGCGGUGGAGUAUGCCGUGCGUGGACCCAUCGUGCUCAAGGCCGGCGAGAUCGAGAUGGAGCUGCAGCGGGGUAUCAAAAAGCCAUUCACUGAGGUUAUCCGAGCCAACAUUGGGGAUGCCCAUGCUAUGGGCCAGCAGCCAAUCACCUUCCUCCGUCAGGUGAUGGCACUCUGCACCUACCCAAACCUGCUAAGCAGCCCCAGCUUCCCAGAAGAUGCUAAGAAGCGAGCCCGGCGGAUCCUGCAGGCUUGUGGUGGAAACAGCUUGGGAUCCUACAGCGCCAGCCAGGGUGUUAACUGCAUCCGUGAAGAUGUGGCAGCCUUUAUCACCAGGAGAGACGGUGUGCCUGCCGACCCGGACAACAUCUACCUGACCACUGGAGCUAGCGACGGUAUUUCUACGAUCCUGAAGCUCCUGGUCUCUGGGGGCGGCAAGUCCCGGACAGGCGUGAUGAUCCCCAUCCCCCAGUACCCCCUCUACUCCGCGGUCAUCUCCGAGCUGGAUGCCAUCCAGGUGAACUACUACCUAGACGAGGACAACUGCUGGGCCUUGAACGUGGACGAGCUCCGGCGGGCGGUGCGGCAAGCCAAGGACCACUGUGACCCCAAAGUUCUCUGCAUUAUCAACCCCGGGAACCCCACAGGCCAGGUACAAAGCAGAAAGUGCAUAGAAGAUGUGAUUCACUUUGCCUGGGAAGAGAAGCUUUUCCUACUGGCUGAUGAGGUAUAUCAGGACAACGUGUACUCUCCCGACUGCCGCUUCCACUCCUUUAAGAAAGUGCUUUACCAGAUGGGGCACGAGUACUCCAGCAACGUGGAGCUCGCGUCCUUCUACUCCACCUCCAAGGGCUACAUGGGCGAGUGCGGCUACCGAGGGGGCUACAUGGAGGUGAUUAAUUUGCACCCUGAGAUCAAAGGGCAGCUGGUAAAGCUACUGUCGGUUCGCCUCUGCCCGCCAGUGUCUGGACAAGCCGCCAUGGACAUCGUCGUGAAUCCCCCUGUCCCAGGCGAGGAAUCCUUCGAACAGUUCAUCAGGGAAAAAGAAUUCGUUCUUGGUAAUCUGGCCGAGAAAGCGAAGCUGACAGAAGAUCUGUUUAACCAAGUCCCAGGGAUUCAGUGCAACCCCUUGCAAGGAGCUAUGUAUGCUUUUCCCCGGAUCCUCAUUCCUGCCAAGGCUGUGGAGGCGGCUCAGGCCCAUAAGAUGGCCCCAGACAUGUUUUACUGCAUGAAGCUCCUGGAGGAGACCGGCAUCUGUGUCGUGCCUGGCAGUGGCUUUGGGCAGCGAGAAGGCACCUACCACUUCAGAAUGACAAUUCUCCCUCCCGUGGAGAAACUGAAGACAGUGCUCCAUAAGGUGAAAGAUUUUCACCUCAAGUUCCUGGAGAAAUACGCAUGAGGACUCCUCAGGUGCCAGAGGGUCUCGGUCCCGAUCCCACCCAGGCCUUCCUCUUGGACUCUGCCUCAGACAGACCUCAUGCAGACCGUCAACCCGGUUCAUCAUCAUGUUUCCCAGGAGACUUUCUUUGUGCCUUGAGCAAACAGUGAUUUUGCAAUGUCUCGCA